CCCCUCCGUUCUUUGCUUUACCCGAAUUUCCAACUGAUAUCAGCAUUUGCAUCAUCUCUUUUGGCCAUUAUAAUGACGCGCGGCAAAUGCGAUCCAACGUCUAUCGAGCCCGAUUUGGCACCAUUCAAGGUCGCUGCUGCUGGCUUCGCGAACAUGUUCUGCAUUGGCACAGUCUACGCUCUAAGUACGUUCCAAGCACAGCUGCCUCGUCUGUUUGGAAUAUCUUAUGCAUGGAGUUUCGCACCAUUUGGCGUAGCAUGUCUGGGCCUUUCAAUCGGCGUCCUGACCAGCGCCUCGAUGAUCAUUCAAAGCGGAGCUCAUGUUACAGUCGCCAGGGGUACGAGCCUCUGGGGAAUUGCAGUCAUCGGUGCCGGCCUGUUCCUCAACAGACUCAAAUUUGAACUCAUGGUUACAUGCUUCCUGUUUGGUGGACUAGGCAUUGGAUGGACGUACCUAGCUGUGGUUGCAUUGAUUGGCCAGGGGCUUCCGAGGCAUGCACUUGCUCGAAGUGCUAUUGGACCUCUGGGGUUUUCAACUGCUGCAACAAUAUGCUUUCUCUUAUCGUCUGUCUCUGGAGUAGAAGCGGCGGAUGCAGAAACCUUAGGCCGGAUGCUUGUGUUUCUAGGAGUGACGUUCGCCGCUGUCGGGGCAUCUACUCAGCUGUCAUUAUCUGAUUUCUAUGAGAACUCUGCGGUCCGCUCGCAACCAAAAUCUUCAUCAAGAGAUUGCGGACCUUUCUUUUCGAUUCUCCUCUUCUUCAAUGCGCUGCCUGGAAUGACCGUUUUCUCUGGCUUGUUGCCCCUUGCCUCCCACUAUACGAACGGCACAAACUACGAUAUAAUGUGGAUCUUGUCAUAUUUGCUUCUUAUCUUGCUUUCGCACUUUGAACAUUCUACCCAGGUCAUGUGUACCAUGCUGGUAGUUCUUUUCGCCCACGGCACUGGAUUUAGCAUUCUUCCCGGGUUGAUCAAGACACAAAGCAGCAAUCAGCAACUUUUCUAUUUCAAAUACGCUAGAGUGUUGAUUUCGUGGGGCGUUUCAGGCAUUGUCGGCUCUACCGUGAACUCGAUCGUUCUAUCUUCAGGUAGUCCGGUACCGACAGGUUGGCUCCUUGUUGGCUUGUUAACACUAUCAUUCGGUAUUGUUCUGUACUUUGUGCCGACCCUCGGAGGCGAAUUUUUUGACUGAUUAUCCGUUGAUGUGGUGGUCCACUUGAGGACAUUGCCAAGACCUGCCUUUGCGGUUUACUCCCGUGCCUUAGGCCGUGGUGGCCUUCAAGACAGGUACUCGUUUUAUACCUCUUCUCGCUCCUUUUUUUUUAAAGAUUUGCAGACAUUCCAAGAUUGCCAAAGAGGCUGCUUGAGUAGAGUCGGGUCUCCCUGUAUCUCUCGCUCCGCGGUCAAUCCAGGACAGCUAUGCCGCUACCAGCCCUAUAUUCAAGCCGUUAUGUAUAUGAUAGAUUCUGUUGAUCUGCAUGUCAGUCUUUCGGCCACAAUUCGUUGUUUUUUUUUUUUUUCAAGGGCUCAAAAUUCACCUGUUCAAUAUUCAAAGACUAGGUUUUGAUAUCACGGCCUAGAGAUUCCUUCUGUAGCAAUUCCAC